AUGUGGUCCGACAAAGAAGCCCAAUCGGCGGCAUAUGCCACUUCUCCUGAAGAUGGCAGCACCGGUGUCAGUUCUCGCGGGGGGACUUCGCAAGACAAGAAGGAUAUGUACCGAGUGGGCAGAGAUCAAGAGCUGAAUCGAAACUUUCGUUUCCUCUCCGUUCUAGGUUUCAGUGCUGUGCUCAUGUGCACCUGGGAAGCAAUUCUCUAUGGCGCUUCCUUCGGCUUAACAAAUGGAGGAAAGGGUGGUAUGAUAUACACAUAUAUUGCGGGUUUGAUCGGAUUCAGCUUCCCGAUCUUGUCCAUGGCAGAGAUGGCAUCCAUGGCACCAACAUCCGGAGGUCAGUAUCACUGGGUGUCCGAAUUUGCGCCUCCCAGCUGCCAAUGCAUCCUCAGUUAUUUCACCGGCUGGGUGUGCGUGCUAGGCUGGCAUACGGGAAUUGCGGGAUGCUCAUACACUGUGGCGAACAUGAUGGUUGGCAUUGUCGCGAUUAACUACCCUGAUUCGUACACCUAUCAGCCGUGGCAUGUCACCCUGCUCGUUAUUGCUGUGGCCUUGGUCGCGCUUUUCUUCAACACCUUCCUGGCGCAAAAGCUCCCGUUGAUCGAGGGAAUCAUCCUGAUCAUCCACUGCUUCGGCUUUUUCGCCAUCCUGAUCCCUCUAUGGGUUCUUUCGCCAACGACGCCGGCGUCGGAGGUCUUUGGAUCGAUCGAGGACCGAGGAGGUUGGGGCAAUAACGGACUUGCGUGUUUGGUCGGCCUUACUGGUCCCAUGAUGGCAUUGAUUGGACCUGACUCUGCAGUUCAUAUGUCCGAGGAAAUCAAGGAUGCAUCUCGAGUCCUGCCUAUGGGUAUGAUUUGGACGUUGCUUAUCAACGGCUCUACCGGUCUCGUCAUGAUCAUCACCUUCGCCUUCUGCGUCGGAGACAUUGAUGAGGUUAUGCAGACCAACACCGGCUUUGAAUUCAUUCAGGUCUUCCUCAACUCGACAGGAUCUGUUAAAGCCGCCACCGGAAUGACCUGUAUCAUUCUUGUCAUGCAGUUCUGUGCCGCAGUUAGCAACGUCGCCACAACCUCUCGCCAGGUUUAUGCAUUCGCGCGUGACAAGGGUCUUCCUUUCUCGGAUUGGUUCGCGCAGAUUAAUCCCACGUUCACCGUCCCAUUGAACGCUCUCUUUGGCAGCGGCGUCAUCGUCUCUCUCCUUGCGCUCAUCCAAAUCGGUUCCUCUGUCGCCUUCAACGCCAUCAUGUCGCUCGGAACAGCCGCCCUCUUCUCAUCCUACAUGAUCUCCAUCACCUGCGUGCGCAUCCGCCGGUGGCGCGGACAGCCCCUCCCCCCUGCGCGCUGGAGCAUGGGCCGACUCUCCCCGUUCGUGGAUACCGUGUCCGUCCUCGUCUUGGUGAUUAUCUGGACCUUCACUUUCUUUCCGCUCACGCGCGAAGUCGACCCCGAGACCAUGAACUGGGGAAUCGUCAUUUACGGCGCCGUUGCCAUUUUCUCUAUGGUGUAUUACUUCGCCUACGCGAGGAAGGUGUACAAGGGACCCGUGACGAGGGUUAAAGUAAUGGAGUAA